AUGGUGGAGGAUUCAAUGGAGGUAUUCCUGGAUUACUUCUCAGUUGUGGGUGACACUUUUGAAGCAUGUUUAGCACACUUAUGGCUAGUUCUCCAAAGAUAUGUGGAGACAAAUCUGGUCCUAAAUUGGGAAAAAUGCCACUUCAUGGUUAAGGAAGGUAUAGUUCAUGAUCACAAAGUGUCGAAAAAGUGGAUGGAGGUUGAUAAAGGAAAGAUUGAAGUGAUUGAAAAGAUACCACCACCAAUUUCGGUGAAGAGUGUUCGUAGUUUCUUGGGACAUGCCGGUUUUUAUCAGAGGUUCAUCAAAGACUUCUCAAAGAUUGCACAUCCUUUAUGCAAACUCUUGGAGAAGGAGGUGAAAUUCCUCUUUGAUGAUGUUUGCAUGGUGGCUUUCAAGUGCUUGAAACAAAAAUUGGUCUCCACCCCGGUUAUCAUUAGUCCCGAUUGGUCAGAAUCUUUCUAA